UCCCUCGACCCCCUCCCCCACUAGAAGACCCCGCCUGGGCGCCUGCGCCCCCGGCCCCGGCCCAAAGCCCGCCGCCCGUUGGAGGCCGUUGGCUGGCCUUUGCGCAGCGCGCAUCGAUUUUGCAGCUGCGGAGUUCGCUCUCGCCGCGGUUGCUUCCUUUGGGACCCGCGGCGCCCGGCAGCCAGGCGCAGAGUCCGAGGAGGGGGCAGCGCAGAGUGGACCCGACGCGGCGCCACCGGGCACCUUCCCCGCAGGCGGUGACCUUUGGCUCUGAGCUGGAUCCGAGAAGAAUUCGGUGUCCGCGCGGGACGAUGCCUGAGCAGGAAAGACAGAUCACAGCCAGAGAAGGGGCCAGUCGGAAAAUCUUAUCUAAGCUUUCUUUGCCUACCCAUGCCUGGGAACCAGCAAUGAAGAAGAGUUUUGCUUUUGACAAUGUUGGCUACGAAGGUGGUCUGGAUGGCCUGGGCCCUUCUUCUCAGGUGGCCACCAGCACAGUCAGGAUCUUGGGCAUGACUUGCCAGUCAUGUGUGAAGUCCAUCGAGGACAGGAUUUCCAAUUUGAAAGGCAUCGUCAGCAUGAAGGUUUCCCUGGAACAAGGCAGUGCCACUAUGAAAUAUGUGCCAUCGGUUGUGAGCCUGCAACAGGUUUGCCAUCAAAUUGGGGACAUGGGCUUCGAGGCCAGCAUUGCAGAAGGAAAGGCAGCCUCCUGGCCCUCAAGGUCCUUGCCUGCCCAGGAGGCUGUGGUCAAGCUCCGGGUAGAGGGCAUGACCUGCCAGUCCUGUGUCGGCUCCAUUGAAGGCAAGGUCCGGAAACUGCAAGGAGUAGUGAGAGUCAAAGUCUCACUCAGCAACCAAGAGGCUGUCAUCACUUAUCAGCCUUAUCUCAUUCAGCCCGAAGACCUCAGGGACCAUGUAAAUGACAUGGGAUUUGAAGCUGUCAUCAAGAACAAAAUGGCUCCCUUAAGCCUCGGACCAAUUGAUAUUGAGCGGUUACAAAGCACUAACCCAAAGAGACCUUUAUCUUCUGCUAACCAGAAUUUUAAUAAUUCUGAGACCUUGGGGCACCAAGGAAGCCAUGUGGUCACCCUCCAACUGAGAAUAGAUGGAAUGCACUGUAAGUCUUGCGUCUUGAAUAUUGAAGAAAAUAUUGGCCAGCUCCUAGGGGUUCAAAGUAUUCAAGUGUCCUUGGAGAAUAAAACUGCCCAAGUACAGUAUGACCCUUCUUGUACCAGCCCAGUGGCUCUGCAGAGGGCUAUCGAGGCACUUCCACCUGGGAACUUUAAAGUUUCUCUUCCUGAUGGAGCCGAAGGGAGUGGGACAGAUCACAGGUCUUCCAAUUCUCAUUCCCCUGGUUCCUCCCCGAGAAACCAGGUCCAGGGCACAUGCAGUACCACUCUGAUUGCCAUUGCCGGCAUGACCUGUGCAUCCUGUGUCCAUUCCAUUGAAGGCAUGAUCUCCCAACUGGAAGGGGUGCAGCAAAUAUCGGUGUCUUUGGCCAAAGGGACUGCAACAGUUCUUUAUAAUCCCUCUGUAAUUAGCCCAGAAGAACUCAGAGCUGCUAUAGAAGACAUGGGAUUUGAGGCUUCAGUCGUUUCUGAAAGCUGUUCUACUAACCCUCUUGGAAACCACAGUGCUGGGAAUUCCAUGGUGCAAACUACAGGUGGUACACCUACAUCUGUGCAGGAAGUGGCUCCCCACGCUGGGAGGCUCUCUGCAAACCAUGCCCCGGACAUCUUGGCAAAGUCCCCACAAUCAACCAGAGCAGUGGCACCGCAGAAGUGUUUCUUACAGAUCAAAGGCAUGACCUGUGCGUCCUGUGUGUCUAACAUAGAAAGGAAUCUGCAGAAAGAAGCAGGUGUUCUCUCCGUGUUGGUUGCCUUGAUGGCAGGAAAGGCAGAGGUCAAGUAUGACCCAGAAGUCAUCCAGCCGCUCGAGAUAGCUCAGUUCAUCCAGGACCUGGGCUUUGAGGCAGCAGUCAUGGAGGACUACGCAGGCUCCGAUGGCAACAUUGAGCUGACAAUCACAGGGAUGACCUGCGCGUCCUGUGUCCACAACAUAGAGUCCAAACUCACGAGGACAAAUGGCAUCACUUAUGCUUCCGUUGCUCUUGCCACCAGCAAAGCCCUUGUUAAGUUUGACCCGGAAAUUAUCGGUCCACGGGAUAUUAUCAAAAUUAUUGAGGAAAUUGGCUUUCAUGCUUCCCUGGCCCAGAGAAACCCCAACGCUCAUCACUUGGACCACAAGAUGGAAAUAAAGCAGUGGAAAAAGUCUUUCCUGUGCAGCCUGGUGUUUGGCAUCCCUGUCAUGGCCUUAAUGAUCUAUAUGCUGAUACCCAGCAAUGAGCCCCACCAGUCCAUGGUCCUGGACCACAACAUCAUUCCAGGACUGUCCAUUCUAAAUCUCAUCUUCUUUAUCUUGUGUACCUUUGUCCAGCUCCUCGGCGGGUGGUACUUCUACGUUCAGGCCUACAAAUCUCUGAGACACGGGUCAGCCAACAUGGAUGUGCUCAUUGUCCUGGCCACGAGCAUUGCUUAUGUCUAUUCUCUGGUCAUCCUGGUGGUUGCUGUGGCCGAGAAGGCGGAGAGGAGCCCUGUGACAUUCUUCGACACACCCCCCAUGCUCUUCGUGUUCAUUGCCCUGGGGCGGUGGCUGGAACACUUGGCAAAGAGCAAAACCUCAGAAGCCCUGGCCAAACUCAUGUCUCUCCAAGCCACAGAAGCCACCGUUGUGACCCUUGGUGAGGACAGUUUAAUCAUCAGGGAGGAGCAAGUCCCCAUGGAGCUGGUGCAGCGGGGCGAUAUCGUCAAGGUGGUCCCUGGGGGAAAGUUUCCAGUGGACGGGAAAGUCCUGGAAGGCAAUACCAUGGCUGAUGAGUCCCUCAUCACGGGAGAAGCCAUGCCAGUCACUAAGAAACCCGGAAGCACUGUAAUUGCGGGGUCUAUAAAUGCACAUGGCUCUGUGCUCAUUAAAGCCACCCACGUGGGCAAUGACACCACUUUGGCUCAGAUUGUGAAACUGGUGGAAGAGGCUCAGAUGUCAAAGGCACCCAUUCAGCAACUGGCUGACCGGUUUAGUGGAUAUUUCGUCCCAUUUAUCAUCAUCAUGUCAACUUUGACGCUGGUGGUAUGGAUUGUAAUCGGUUUUAUCGAUUUUGGUGUUGUUCAGAAAUACUUUCCUAACCCCAACAAGCACAUCUCCCAGACAGAGGUGAUCAUCCGGUUUGCGUUCCAGACGUCCAUCACGGUGCUGUGCAUUGCCUGCCCCUGCUCCCUGGGGCUGGCCACGCCCACGGCCGUCAUGGUGGGCACCGGGGUGGCCGCGCAGAACGGCAUCCUCAUCAAGGGAGGCAAGCCCCUGGAGAUGGCGCACAAGAUAAAGACUGUGAUGUUUGACAAGACUGGCACCAUUACCCAUGGCGUCCCCAGGGUCAUGCGGGUGCUCCUGCUGGGGGACAUGGCCACACUGCCCCUCAGGAAGGUUCUGGCUGUGGUGGGGACUGCGGAGGCCAGCAGUGAACACCCCUUGGGCGUGGCAGUCACCAAAUACUGUAAAGAGGAACUUGGAACAGAGACCUUGGGAUACUGCACGGACUUCCAGGCAGUGCCAGGCUGUGGAAUUGGGUGCAAAGUCAGCAACGUGGAAGGCAUCCUGGCGCACAGUGAGCGCCCUUUGAGUGCACCGGCCAGUCACCUGAAUGAGGCUGGCAGCCUUCCCGCAGAAAAAGAUGCAGCCCCCCAGACCUUCUCUGUGCUAAUUGGAAACCGUGAGUGGCUGAGGCGCAACGGUUUAACCAUUUCUAGCGACGUCAGUGACGCUAUGACAGACCACGAGAUGAAAGGACAGACGGCCAUCCUGGUGGCUAUUGACGGUGUGCUGUGUGGGAUGAUCGCUAUCGCAGACGCUGUCAAGCAGGAGGCCUCCCUGGCUGUGCACACGCUGCAAAGCAUGGGUGUGGACGUGGUUCUGAUCACGGGAGACAACCGGAAGACAGCCAGAGCCAUUGCCACCCAGGUUGGCAUCAACAAAGUCUUUGCAGAGGUGCUGCCUUCGCACAAGGUGGCUAAGGUCCAGGAGCUCCAGAAUAAAGGGAAGAAAGUCGCCAUGGUGGGGGAUGGGGUCAAUGACUCCCCGGCCUUGGCCCAGGCAGACAUGGGUGUCGCCAUUGGCACCGGCACGGAUGUGGCCAUCGAGGCAGCCGACGUCGUCCUUAUCAGAAAUGAUUUGCUGGAUGUGGUGGCUAGCAUUCACCUUUCCAAGAGGACUGUCCGAAGGAUACACAUCAACCUGGUCCUGGCACUGAUUUAUAACCUGGUUGGGAUACCCAUUGCGGCAGGUGUCUUCAUGCCCAUCGGCAUUGUGCUGCAGCCCUGGAUGGGCUCAGCAGCCAUGGCGGCCUCCUCUGUGUCUGUGGUGCUCUCAUCCCUGCAGCUCAAGUGCUAUAAGAAGCCUGACCUGGAGAGGUAUGAGGCACAGGCGCAUGGCCACAUGAAGCCCCUGACAGCAUCCCAGAACUUUGUCAGCGAGCAAGAACAAUGCCAGGAGGUCUGGAGAAAACGUGUCAUCAGUGCAUUUCUAAAAUCGCCAGCAAUGGUGUCUCUCCUGUUGUACGACUCCACCAGGAUGAGGCGGCUGCUGUCCAAGGCCGUGGUGAUUGAUGAUGAUGAUGAUGAUGAAUACCCCUGGAGGCAGAAUGCACACCGAUACUACAUCCACCUCCUGCUGAGCCUCUUCCUCUUCCUCUGGUUCAUCUUGGGAAACUACUGGGUCUUUUCUGUGUACCUGCCUGAUUUUCUUCCCCCUUUCCAGCAGCCUCAGGACUACUGUGACAAAACUCUGUACCUCUUUGCAGUCGGAGUCCUGGCGCUCAGUCACACCGUGCUGAUCUUGCUCCUGCUGUGCAGCGGCUGUGUCUACCUGUGCUCCAGGUGGAGACUUGCUGCCGAUGAAGACUGACAGCUGCCUUGUCCAGCAUACCAUGUAUGCAUAUGCGUGCACGUGUGCGCGUGCACACACACACACAGGUUCAGGAGAAGGGCAUAAAGGUAAUAAAACCUUCCCUGAAGGCAUUUAAACAGCCACCCAAGUGCACUGAAUAUGAUAGCAGACUAAAGAAACUCUUGCCUUCCUAGACAUGGGGAAAUCACUUCUACUGUUUUCAGAGUGGGAAUUUUGUUCUCACAAGGGUUUUCAAAGGGAUAAUUGUUUUUGAGGGUAUGAAGUGUGGGAGGCAAAGAAUGGGAGAACUUUUCAAAUCAUAGUGCAAUUUCAAUGACUGGUGCAAGAGCAAGGUUGGUUGUUGCUACUGCUGCUGUCAUUCAGCCAUGGUCACCUUGAAGUUAUAGAAAGUGCACAGACUUUCAAACAAGAUAUAUCUUAACUUCACUCGCUAUGAUGGCUUUUGUUAUUAAAAGGAAAAAGAUAUUCUUUUAGUGACUCUAGCUGCCUUUUGGGAAAGUAAAGGAGCAGUCUCUUCCAGCCCUAUAUCAGAUAGGUUUGAUGUGAUGGGUGGAACAUCCCAAGGUCAGCUAUAAAAUCUACCAACGACAAAGCAGUAGCUUCCACCUAGGGGGCGGGCUGGCCUGCUACAGGCAUUGCGGAGUGCAGCGCCGUGUGCACCGUGUGCCGCUGCUGCAGGUUCUUUGCUUGGCCUUGAGUCUGUCUCUGCCCCUGGCUAUUCAUAUACCUCUCUAUGAUCUGCGGCUGGCUGGGUGGCAUAAACCAGUUUUAUAUGUUUCUGGACAGGUUGCACGAGUUGGGAUGCUGUCAGUGUAGCUGUUUUUGGUUUCUGAGCUUAAAUAUCAAAUAAUAGCUCCUCAACCUAAUGACCAGUUAGGCCUUGGAAGCCUUUUGUAAAUUGAGACGUCUGGAAGUCCAGGAUGACACCGAACAGUGACCACUAACCUUCCCUCUGGCCGCUGCUGUUGAGAGAUGAAGUCCAGGUCUGUUGUCAGUGCUCGCUGGGGAGCCUGUUUAUGAGCAAAGUCCCAUGCUUUAGAAUUUUGUAUGAAGAUGCUGUCAUGAGUGUUUCUAGGGCAGUGCCCAGGGGUGCAUGGCACCUGCUUAACUCUGCUUCUCUCAGCCACGUGCAUAGCAUUUCUGUAUAUUUACACACUGCUGAGCUGUGUUUAUUUUUUAUUUAUUUUUAUGUUUUUGUGCUUUCUCAUCAAAGCAAUCCCUGAGUGGCCAUGAAUGGAGGCACCUCCCUUCAUCAGAAGUGUCAGCUCAAACCAAGAGGCUCAUUCUUCUCCGUAGCUUUAAGAGAAAGGCCCCGUGAGUCUCAUGGGGUCUUCCCAUUUCAGUUUAGAGGCACUCCCCGGGCAGUCACCAUUGGUUCCCCUUUCCUCCCAGGUGAGACGAAAGUGCUUGUUGUGCCAUCUGCUGGACAAAAGAGGAACAGCCCUUUUUUUGACCCUGUCCCUAAGGGCAGUUUCUGUUUUCAUUUUCACUUGAGCCAUGGCAGAUGAGCGGGUGUGCAACUUGCAGAUCCUACCUCACCUAUGAUGCUCAAUUCCAUCCUCACUGUGUCCCACGUUGCCCUCUCCGUGUUGGGGACCGGGGAGAGUCUGUGGGCUACGAUACUGGGGUGGACAGGAGUUCCAUGGGCUCCUCUCCCACCCUCCUUUCCCCAGUCCAUGACUCGUCAGCCAUUCCCAGUCACUUAGCCAAUGCUUGGACAUCUGUGAGCAGCAAAGACCUGGGCCCAGGGACGCCUGCAUGACUCCCACAUGAAAGCCUCUGAGGCUUCUGUUGCGAGGGCCUUGGCAAAGGCGGAAAGAGCUGUGAACAACCAUGGGCAUGAAGAUUUCUGUUAGCAGAUGGCAGGUACUGGUUAAUGCUUUGGAUACAUCAGUAGCUAGGUCUCAGACGUUGGACAUUCCCAGUUUCUGGUAGGCAUGAGUAUCACCAGAGUGUUGCCGAAAUCUUUCCCAGAGGGAGUGGUGGAUGAAGUGUGCUCAUUCUCAUAUGCACCCCACCAGCCCACCCCCAAUUGCAAUGGAGAAUAUUGGUCAUAGGUCCUAAAUAAUUGCUAAAGUCUGUACUAUAUUUUUAGCUUUGAGUUUUCUUGUCACCAAAGCAGUAAGGAAGAGGUGAUGAUCUCUUCGUAUAGGUCACACAUCUUCCCUGGUUUGAGGUUACAUUGAGCUAUGAUUGCACCACUGCACUCUAUUCUGGGUGACAGAAUGAGACCCUAAAUCUAAAAAACAAAAUUACCCCCUUCUGGGGAAACAGGUUAGAUCCUAAAGAAAAUGUUCAUGUGCAUCCAUCCAUUCAUAGAGGGGACACUGAGUGGUUCAGUGGGUGACAUCUUCAGCGCAGCAGGCUUUGAAUGAUAACUGAUUAAGGCCUCCCUCAGGAGAUGGUGAGAUGGUUAUGAUAAGGCACAUUUCAAGAAAGAGGCUCUGGGGCUAAGUAAGGCAAAUGGUCUAUAACUGUGGUUCUUUGAAGUCUGGCUUAAUCCAGGGAUGACAUCCAGACUGUCUAGGAAGGGCUGAGCCGCGUGCCCUUUAAGUGAUCACCUCUUAGUAUAAUUUCACUGAGCUGGAGGUGAGUGUAAGAAGUUCCUGGUUAUAGAAGUUAUAAUCCUUGGCAUGGCCUGCAGUAGGCAUUCCACACUGAUGUGAAAUGUGCUGUGUAUACCUGGAGAAUGAAAAUGCCCAUCUAAUACUGGCCCAAGAGCUGGGCAGCCUUCCUCCAUGGGAACCUGGCAAGGCAAUGGGAAGUGGACAUGGGAGCAGCUGAACUUUCUGGAUGCUAUGAAACCUCAAGGGAACAAAUCAUGUGGCAAAGAGGGAUAAUCAGUUCUUCCCAUCUGAGAAAAGACUGCAGCAAAGAUAAACUAUAUGUUGAGGUCAUUUUAUUUGCUACAUCGGGCAUCAUUCUAAAAACCAUUCUUUUCCUGAAUCUAUAUAAAUGACAGUUGAAAGCAGUAAAAAGUGGGACCGUUUCACUGGAAUCAGCCACACCAGUGGUUCUCAAACCUUGGUGAACCCUCAGAGCUGCCCAAGGACUUGUUUGCAAUGCAGAAUCACAGCCCCCAGAGACUGACUUGUGGUGCCCAGCUGGUUCUGAUUCGGUGGCCAGAGAACCCCAUGUGUGCACUCGGGCCACACAUACAGCCUGGACUGGCUUAUGUCAGGCCCAUCCUGGUUGUCACCAUGAGGACAAUAUAAUGUCAUUUCCAGUACCUCGUGUUAUUUCCUUCUCUUUUAGUAUGAUAAGUGGCCAAGUGGUCAAUAGCUUUCAUCUUUGUGUAACUGAAUCUUGUGCUUCAUUUCCUUCUGGGCAUUUUUCAUUGUUGAUGAAAUCAACUUUGUUCAAUUUGU